UCAAUGAUAUCUGGUACAACACCAUCGGCUUUGAACUUCUCAUUUAUGUAUUCCGUCCUUGAACUUGGAAAUGGGAUAAACGCAUCUGCAUGAUCUGGUAGGGGUGAUUGGCUAAAUAUUUUCUGUAAAAAAAAAUAAUGACAAUAAUAUUAUAGCUUAUAAUGCAAAUUAAUUACUAUUAGCAGACCAUAACUGUGACAAUAACAUGUUUUAAUUAAAUAUAUUUAAAAAAAAAUGGUGAUUUGCCAAAGCUCUAGCCAACUGCUGGUUUGUUUUUGUGGGUGACGUCACGGUAAGAUGGCAGCUGAUGUGUUUUGGUUUUGGUACAAAUAAUGAUUAAGAUUUGUGGAAAGAUUAAUUCUUCUACAUUAAUCUUGCAGUGCUAUCUUUGUCUUGUUAUGCUAGAUAUAAAUGUAAAGUAUGCUGAUGACGUGAAUCAAGUUAACUUUGACGAGACAGGAAGACAAAUGUGUUGGACAGACAAGGACAAAAACAAGAUUACUUUAAAGGCGAAGGCUACAUGUGAACAAUGAGUGAGGCAAGGAAGUGGCCGUGUGAGUACUGCACGUACGAGAACUUCCCAGUUGCCAAACGAUGCACACUGUGCCGUGCUCCACGGCCCCUGCAGCUCAUCACAAACACCGCCGACAAUGAGCAGGACAUUUACAAGAUGGCCCCACUCGUGUCUCCUAGCAACUCUCCGAGCUGUGGCACGAGCAAGAGCAGUGCCGACAGCAGCAAGUGGGCGUGUCAUCUGUGCACCUACCUGAACUGGCAGCGGGCGACCAAGUGCUCUCAGUGCUUGACAACCAGAAAGAAACUCUCUCCAGGCAGCAGUAGUGGCAGCAGUGGUGGCAGCGGCAGAAGCAGCAUCAGUGGCAGAAGCAGCAGCAGUAGCAGCAGCACCCACCAAGACGGCAUGAGUCCGCUGAGCGUGAACGUAAACAUCGCAGAAACCAACCCGGGCCGGACGACGCCAAAACGUAACUCUCCCAACUCUCCUGAGGCAGCUAAGGCAAUAAACAAUGACAUCAACCGAACUGUGGCAGCAACGUCGAACAGGAACACCAUCAAGUGGGUGUGCUAUGCAUGCACCUACGAGAACUGGCCCAAGACGACACGGUGUGUGUUGUGCGGGAUUCCCAGAUCCGACAGUAACGUGGCAGCUGGUGGGAACGUGAGUGCCGUGAAGGAGGUGGAUUUGAGGAGGCGGGGGCGUUCGUCGCCAACGAUAUCGCACAGUCUGGACAGCAUCGAGUCCUACCAGGAUGGGGCCUCAGCUACCCCGACCACCAGCGACGACAGGAACCGCACUGAGGAGCGCAAACUGAGGAUGCUGAGGAAGAAACUGCGUGACAAAGACUGGCUGUGGUUGAACGCGUGUAUAGGUGUUGCCGAUGGCGACUCUAAUGCCGUCCAAGCCUUCAUUGCAGCAGGUGGUGACCCUGCUAGGCAGUUGACCCAGGAUGAAGUCAUUCUUCUGAACCGGCCGAGUGCGUUUCAGGUCGGUUAUACGAUCGUCCACUUGGCAAUCCGGUUUAAACGCGAAGACAUGUUAGCUGUGUUGCUAACGGCAACCGAUGUGGCAGCAAAGGCCGUCAAGCGUCUCCCGUCACACUCUAGUCCUGACCUGGCCAUGGACAUCCGUCGAGAAAUCCUCUCGUCUCUUCGGCAGAGAAAAGGCGACUUCCCAUGUUUUUUUCUGGCAGACUGUGUUACAUUUGCGCUUCCAACAGAUAUUGAAGAUCUACCUAGACAUGUUCACGGUCAACUUUUUGAUGAAUUAUUGGACAGGGAGGUACAGAAUGAGUUAGAAGUAGAGGAAAACAUUGUGAACUGGAGUUUAGAAAUCUGUGAUCGUCUCGGCAGCCGACUUUACCCGCUAUGGAACCGGACAGCCGGAGACUGUCUGCUGGACUCGGUGCUACAGGCCACCUGGGGAAUCUUUGAUAUAGACAAUGGACUGAGGCGAGCAAUGGCAGACAGCCUGAGUGAGGGGGCUAUGACAUUUUACCCACGCUGGAAAGAAUAUGAGUCCAUGCAGGCAAAGUCUCUCCACUUCUCACUGGAUGAAAGUCAGUGGCAGCGUGACUGGGAACUACUCUUGUCUCUUGCCAGUCAGCCAGGAGCCUCACUGGAACAAACACAUAUCUUUGCUCUUUCGCACAUUCUUCGCCGUCCAAUCAUUGUGUAUGGAGUGAAAUAUAUCAAGAGCUUUAGAGGAGAAACAAUAGGCUUUGCAAAAUUUGAGGGUGUGUAUUUGCCUCUGUUGUGGGAGCAGAGUUUUUGCUGGAAAACACCAAUAGCCCUUGGAUACACCCGUGGUCAUUUUUCUGCCCUCGUUCCCAUGGAAACGGACACUGAUGACACUAUUGGAGCUGGUGCAGAUAUCGAUUCAAAUGAUGAUGGUCAAACGGCUUACCUCCCUUUAGUUGACAGUGAAGGCAAAAGAUUACCUGUUCAUUUUCUAACAGGGUCAGAGGUUGGUCGAGAAGACAGUCUCCUCAACGAGUGGCUGGACUGCUGCGUCACCAAGGGAGGAAUCCUCGUCGCCCUGCAGAAACUUGGCAAACGACCACUACUCGUCAAACAGAUGGUGGACGAGUGGCUUGACCACUACCGACAGCUGAGUCACGUGAUCCCCCCACCCCACCAGACCAGCCUGUCAUCACAGAACUUCUCCAGCGACGGCGAGAGUGACCCGGAGUGAUGUCCCCUUGUUUGUUUUUCUUAUUUAUCUGUAGUCACAGAGUUGACAGUAGACGAUGUCCGUUCAGUGGUAAAUUGACAGGCCAAUAAUAAUGAUUCCUUCCAUUAAUGUAAUAUCAGGGUGUCUUCUUUUUUUUUUUGCAAGACAUUCUGGGUAAAGAGUGGUAAUGACUUAGAUUCAGGACAGUUGGAAACAGAUGUUGUUAUUAUUUGAUAUUGUUGAUCAUUAAGUGUUGUGAAUUCGAUUUUUGUUUGAGUUAAUGACAAAAACUACCUUAAUUUAAAAGUAAUGACACCAGGCUUAAACAUAGUCUACACUUUAAUGCUAUACAGAUUGCAUGCCAUUCGAGUACAGACUCAUUUUAAGUUUGAACGUUGAGAACAUAAGAACAAGUCUUGUUUUAUUCUGUUCUGUACUAUUUACCCAGUAACCAUUAAUAUAAAUAAUCACACUAUGCAGGUUUCGUCAUACGUUUAGGCAGUCAUGGUUAUUUUUCUCCAGGCCAUAGUUUCACCUGGGUUUUUUCUGAUUUGGUGGCGUUUUAGUCACCUUGGAUUUUCAGGUUUGAAAUUAUGUUUGUGGAAAAACCAUGAAACAAAAUCAUCACAGAGACAUUUUGACAUACCAUAUACGUGGGUAGAUAGUAACUGGCUUGUUGUUGUUAAUUUUAUUGUUUAUUGCCUUAUUUUGUUCUUGAGUAACCAAUUAAGACAUUUUCACAUACCAUAUACGUGGGUAGAUAGUAACUUGCUUGUUGUUGUUAAUUUCAUUGUUUAUUGCCUUAUUUUGUUCUCGAGUAACCAAUUAGACAUUUUCAUAAAUUUGUGCCAGAUUGAUUUACCAGAUUGAUUUACCAAAUUAAGCUCGGGUCAGAAAAAUGCAUAUCCAAGUAGAACUGUGUAUUUUCUUCUGUCAUAUAUUAUUAAGUUACCACUUAUAUGUUAACCCAAAAUAUAUACCGUAUUUCCUCUAAUAAGUGCCAGAGUGCUUUUUCUUUUCAAAACGGUCACAGACAAAGUGCUACAGACCCAGCACUUAUUGGAGGCCCGGCACUUAUUAGAGGAAAUACGAUCGUCAGUAAAUUGAGUUUUGUAAUGGCUGUAGGAUCAGAAUGCAAAAAACCCCUGGUUUUGAACUGAGUAUUAAUAGACACACAAUAAAUAAUGUUUUAACCAGUUUCGUAGCACAUUGUUUAAUCCACAACUAUUUCUGUCAUACUGAGUAACAGUCUGAGAGAGAGAGAGAGAGAGAGAGAGUGAGAGAGUGAGAGUGAGUGAGUGAGUGAGUGAGUGAGUGAGUGAGUGAGUGAGUGAGUGAGUGAGUGACAAAAGAUACUACAUAACUAUAUCUUGAUCUUUUGGUUAACCGAAAGGGGUCUCAUUAGUUUUUAUUUUCCUUUGGGCAUGAUGGUACAUAUGUCAUGUCAGUUGUCAUAUCAGUUAUUUUGCACUGGUUGGACGACUAAAUGUAAUGAUUGACCAUUUGUGCACAUUUUAGAAGACGAAAUAAUACAAAAAGUUAUGAUUUUGGUUAUUUAGUCUAGGAAAAUUAAAUUUAUUCUGAAUACAUAACAUUAGGCACAUCAACUAAUUGAUCAAAUGGACUGUGUUACACUGUGGUUGUCUGCCAGGCGACAAUUGUUUUCUUUGCUAGCUUUCACAAGGAACAAACUUAUCUUUUUUUUAUUAUACAUAUUGUGUGUCAAUGAAGUCAGUGCAAGAAUUGUGUUCAUUAACUAUUUUGUUAAAAUUUAGAGUUUUUAUUUGAAGGACAAAUCAGAAAUCAUAGGUUUGAGUGUGCAAAAAGUGAUGCAAAUAGAAAUAGCAAGUCAUUAGCAUAUUGUUUAAAUAAUUCAUUUCCCAAAGUACCAUGGUCAUAUAUUCAGUUAACACUGUGCUGUUUACAUCAGCACUCACACACACAUACAAAACUAAUUGUAUAAUAAGGGCACUAUCUACCAGUACUCUACAUAGGCAUCAGAAGCAUGGUCAUAUGUUGGGAAGGGGUGGUGCAAGGACUUCAAUGUUUUACACAUAUAUUCAUCAAUCAAAAUAUGUGUUAUUUUUACAUUUUAUAUACAAAGUAAAAUAAAAUAUUGGCAUUUUUGUCAGCAUUUGCCAUGAUGAAUUUUACUUGUAUUUUAGAACAUCAAGUUAAAAAAAACAAUUCCACAGGAGCAAGGUGCCAAAUCCCUUUAGAAUUGAUGUAAAUGCACUACCAAUGGUGUCAAACCAGUUAAGUUGAAAGUCUUAAUACAGUCCUGCAUAGUAACUUGAAAAUAAUACAUUUCAAAAUGAAAAAUUGUUUGUUAUUAAUAUACAUGAUAUUUAUGAUUGCAAUUGUAGCAAAUUAUUUGAUUGGAUCAUACAGUUGUUCCUUGUAACUAAUUAUUUCAUUUGAUCCAACACUUGAAACGUUUUACAAUGAUGCAUUUAAUUUAUAGAAUGCAGGAAACUGUAUUUAAGAACAUCUAGUUUUCAAAUUGUUUCUCAACACCUGGCAAAACAUUCAGUCAGUCAGCCCCUUACAAUGCCUGUACUUCAUUAUGUGCCAAAAUGUCUCUCUCUCUUACAUGUCCAGUCAAACUUCACAUGUUAAAUACGUUUUGCAUGUUGUGUAAAUGAGUAAAACAUUUUAAACAUGUUUUAUAUUGUUUGCAUAUUGUGUAAAAUAUGUGCAGCAUGUUCAAACUAUUUUACAUAUUAUGUAAUGCAUAGCAUUAAACAUAUUUAUGUCACAUGUAAUGUAUAAAAUUAAACAUGUUUGAUAUUUUCAAGUCGUAUAAUGUGUAACAUUGAACGUCUUUAAGAUAUUUUUACAUGUCGUGUAAAAGCAUGACCUGAUGUGUUGCAUCCAUUUUUGUUGAAUUGUAAUUGAAUACUCACGACAUCUUAAAGAGAUAUUCUAGUGCCAAUAUUCAUCUUUUAUUAUCAAGGUUAUGUCAACCACAUAUUUGUUUCCCUCAUGCUUAUGAAUAUUUUUCUGAUAUUUUUUUUUUUUUUUUACCAAAUUGUUAAUUGCCAUUCACGCACGAUACAGUUGUUAACCAAAGGUAGUUGCCAAUUAUUUGGUCUGCCUUAAUGCACAUAUGUGAAAAAUAACAUUUUAACAAAUCUAUAAGUUUUUGUUAUAACAUACGUACAGAGGUUAUUUGAAAACAACAUUUAGUGUGUCAAUCUUGUAGUUUUGUCUCUCAACUUCAGGAGUAUUAUGUAUGACUGUAUUUUUAUACAUAUUUACUGCUAAUACUGGUCACUUAUAGUCCGUCCCACAGGGAACGCAUUUUUUCAUCCUAUGGAAUUUACUACAAGUUAUUUAUUUCUGAGCUGAUUGUU